GUUGAUUGACUGGGCUGGGGCUGUCACUCCAGCUCCCGCCAUCACCACCUCAUUUUGGUUAACCUCCAGCUCUAGAACAAACUCCACUCCACUUUGUUGUUCCCCGAUCCUUCUGAUUCUCUCUUACCAUUCACGUUGUCAUAAUCCGUUCCCCCGCUGCUGUUAUUAUACUUUACUGUAGCUUUGUCUGUCAAUCCAUUGGCCCUUACCCCCUCUAAGACUCCCAUAUCUCUCGAGACUCUCAGUACAUCCAAACUUCAGUAUAGUAACCCUGUCUCGCAUCCCCUUCCCCAUCUCGACUGCCGCUUGCAUCGCCGUAUCCCAGCGCCACGCUACCAACACCUCCACACCAAAACACUUUGCCCCCCAGCCAGGGCAUCCUCCUUCGACUUGCCUUGGAUUGGGGCUCAACCUAGACCUGACAUUGUCGCGAUCCAUCACUGUCCAUCGUUUUCAUCCCACACGUACCUCUGUCGCAGUUCGCUGCAUCACCGAUCGCGACUUGCGAAUCGCAUCGCAUCGCAACUCAACCUGCAACGCAACGCAACGCAACGUAACGAUUCCUCACACAGCCUCGCGUGCGCAUCGCGAAACUCUGAUUGAUCGACUGCGCAUCCUGUACCGGACACAUUAACCCCCCAAAACCGUCGUCGCAUUGUUGCUUGUCGAGCACAUGGGUUCUCAAGCUUGAUUGCCACCGGCCGUCCGACUAUAACACACUCCCUGCUCUCUCGGGUGUUUAGCUUUGUUCUGUCUGCCAUUCAGGCGCUAGACCAUCAAUCACCAUGGAUCAGAACGGCUAUAACUCCUCGGUGCUGCAGCGGCCACCACAUAGAGAAGAUGGUGGAGAUGAUGACCGAGACUCCCGUCCGCAUCACCAUCAUCAUCACCACCAUCAUCACCAUCACCACAACAAUAGGCGCGACGGUGACUCAGCUGGACCUGGGCCUAUAGUUGGAGAAACGGCGACAGCCUCAUCGAAUGCAGGCGGCGCGAAUGUGCAUCAGCACUCCACCUUUAGCCUGCGCUCACCCAAGUCAGAAUACCGUCCUCCUCCCUUUACAUCUCCCAACGGCCAUAGCCAUAGCCAUAGUCAUAGCCACAGCCAUCAAAACACUCCAAGUGCCGGCCAUUCCCUUCAAUCCCCGCCUCGUCCAGCAUUGCCCAAUCCCUACAUGUCAUCGUCCACGGGCGCACCCGGCGGCCCCGUCGCUCCAUCACUUCCACCUCCUGUAGGCCUCAACUCAUCAUCACCUGGAUCGUCAGCAGCAGGACUUCAUCAGCAGCAGCAUCAUCGUCAACCUCCAGCACCACCGCCUGCUGGUCCUCCGCCCGUGUCGCCGCUGCACCCUCCUGUUGCAUACUACCCUCCCGGGUCGAACCACGACAUUUAUAUACCGCGUGAAACCAAACCUGCAUCGCGAGGUUUUUACGACCCUACAACUGAUACAACGAAGGAAAGUCGAGUUUCUGACGCGGCGACGCCUGGAGCCUCCUGGCACAACGCCAACGCCAACGCCAACGCGCCCCCGGUUGGCACUCCAAAGGUAAGGGGGGCAAAUCCACUCUUUUUUUGUCUUUGACUCUCGUCUCGUCUCGCCCGGACACGAUUUGAUUGACUGCACCCGACGUCCCUUGAUUUUCCUCUUCCCCAUCAUCCUUCAAUUCUAUCUUGAUCAUCGAGAUCUUCACCCAUCACGCCCAGGCCAUCAAUGCCUGUUCCCUUCCCUUACUCUUAUCAAUCUUAAUUUCCCAUCAAACUGUCACUAUCGCAACACCUUUUAAUUUCAUCAUCACCCUUAACUCCGUCGCACAACAUCCUUCUGCUCCGACCAAGACCUAAAUAACCACAAAGCUUGCUGACGUGGAGCUAAUUUUUCUUUUCUUACACAACAGACUCGCGAUCCGUACCCUUAUUCGCAAUCUGCCGAACAAGGUACUCCUUCAUAUUACAACGGCUCUUAUACAUCUCCACGAGAUCCAUCAUACAGUCGACCGCGAAGUCCAGUGUCACAUUCGCAUCAGAAUCCACCAGCUGGAUCUCUCAGCCCUCCGGGGCGACAACCUCUACUCGCUUCUCCAAGUGCGAGACAUGGUGCUACGGCCAACAUGACUUCUUCUACUAACGGGGCUUCUGCCCUUACACCUUACAAGUCUGAUCUUGCAGCUCCAUCACCACCAAAGCCGGCAUCGGCAAGCGUAGGUGCUAACCAAUAUACAGAAUGUUCAUUUGUACUAAUACCAUUGCAGACAUCAAGAGCAAACCCAAUGUCUUUUGACAGCAUCCUCUCUAGCUCUGAGCCCGCUCGAAAACCUAAAGAACAAUCUCCUCUGAUUUCACGAGAAGUCGAACCAGAAGUCAAGCAAGAGCGAGAAUCUAGACGUGAUCGAGAACCGAAGCACGACUCGCGGGAACCAAAGCAGACAAAACGCUCCCUAGAGCCCGAAGCGGAUCACGACACAGAGGUGGAAAAAGAUGUCGAGACUGAGCCCGAACCUUUCCCUGGUAGAGACAAAGAAAGAGAGCCUCCUGCCAAGAAGCGAGGAGGUCGAAAGUCAACAAAAGGCCGUGCUUCUGAUAUUCGAGAUGCCGCUACGCCUAAGAAUGGUCGCAGAUUAUCGAUCAAGAAGGAAUCGCCAACACCUCGACUUCCCGCUAAGCGACAAGCAAAUGGCCUGCCCAAGCCAAAGACUUGGUCAGCAGAAAUGGAGAAGAAGAUUCAGAACGCCGAGACACAGAUUGACAGCAGAGCUUCAAAUCUGGAACCCGAUGAAUUUGAUCAGCAGCAAUACAAGGAGCGAGCUCAGAAGCGACGACGCGUAAUGGAUCAACUCGACCUGGAACAUGGUCUCUCCCGGCGUGCCGCUUUUGCGACUUCAACCGGCAAGAAGCUCGUACUCCAUGCAGAGCUCGGUAAACGACGCUAUGACGACGUGUUCUACGACGAAGCACUCCAUGAGGUCCGCGAACAAGAAGUUUACGCCGAAAAGGAGCGCAAGAAGGAUAUGCAGCGCAAGCGACGUCGUGAGAAGUCAAUGGCUGUUACCAUGGAGCAGAAAGAGGCUGCUCUGGCUCGCGCCGAGGCUGCUGAAGACGAAACCGAACGGCAGAAACAUCUUCGAGAUGCUGAACGCGCCAGUAAGAAGGCACAGCAGACGAAACUCAUUCUCCAGAAGGGUAUCAAGGGCCCUGCCCGUAAUUUGGAGCUUAACCUGGAGGGUGGCACUAUGUCUUCAUUCCAGGCUUCUGAUGUGGAAUCUGGGGAAGCAGGUACACCAUCUGGCAAGCGAAAGGGCAAGGGUCGUAGCGGACCUCGUCUCAAGAAGUCCAAGGAGCAAAAGCAAGCCGAAAAGGAUUCUGCUGAGGCUGCCCAAGCUGCUCUCGAUGCUGGAGAGGAACUCCCAACCAAAGAAGAGAACCGCGUUCGAAUCAAGAUCAAGAAAUCCAAGAAAGAUCCUUCUGCUGAGACGGAGAAAGAUAAGGACGACGGCGAUAAGACCGAAGACGAGCCUGUCGAGAAGAAAAGCAAGAAGAGCAAAGACAAAGACAAGGAGAAGGUCGAUGACAUUCCCGACAACGAGAAGCGGUUCAUGUCUAAGGGCUACAAUCAAAUUUACGACCAGAUUUGGCGAGAUAUGGCUCGUAAAGAUGUCAACAAGACCUUCAAGCUUGCCGUGGACUCUUAUGCCACAAAAGCCUCAAAUCUUAAAAAGACAGCCAUCUUGGCAUCGAAGGAAGCAAAGCGCUGGCAAUUACGGACAAACAAGGGUACCAAAGAUCUCCAAGCUCGAGCAAAGCGUGUUAUGCGUGACAUGAUGGGCUUUUGGAAGCGUAACGAGCGAGAAGAACGAGAUCUCCGCAAGGCUGCUGAGAAGCAGGAGAUCGAGAAUGCCCGAAAAGAAGAAGCCGACCGUGAGGCCGCCCGUCAAAAGAGAAAGCUUAACUUCCUUAUCUCGCAAACUGAGCUGUAUUCUCACUUUAUCGGCAAGAAGAUCAAGACUGAUGAGGUGGAACGAAGUACCGACAACCCGGAUGUCGCCAAGGACGCCCAUCAGAUUGACCAGCAGAAACUCGACAUCGAUGAGCCGACAGGACCAGUCACUGGUAAGGUUACCAACUUCGAGAACCUUGACUUCGAGGAGGGCAGCGAAGAGGCUCUCCGUGCUGCUGCUAUGGCCAAUGCUCAGAAUGCCAUCGCUGAGGCGCAGAAGAAGGCCCGUGACUUCAACAACCAGGGUCUUGACAUGGAUGAAGAGGGCGAGAUGAACUUCCAGAACCCCACAGGGCUGGGCGACGUCGAGAUCGAACAACCGAAGCUUAUCAAUGCCCAACUCAAGGAAUACCAGCUCAAGGGUCUCAACUGGCUUGUCAAUUUGUACGAGCAGGGUAUCAACGGCAUUUUGGCAGACGAAAUGGGUCUCGGAAAGACUGUUCAGUCCAUCUCCGUCAUGGCUUACCUGGCUGAGAAGCACGACAUUUGGGGACCCUUCCUUGUUGUUGCUCCUGCUUCUACUCUGCACAACUGGCAGCAGGAAAUUGCCAAGUUCGUCCCCGAGUUCAAAAUUCUUCCAUACUGGGGUGGCGCCAAUGACCGAAAGGUUCUCCGAAAGUUCUGGGAUCGCAAGCACACGACAUAUCGAAAGGACGCCCCUUUCCACGUUUGUGUUACUUCGUAUCAGCUGGUCGUGUCUGAUGUGGCCUACUUCCAGAAGAUGAGAUGGCAAUACAUGAUUCUUGAUGAAGCCCAAGCCAUCAAGAGUUCUCAAAGUUCUCGAUGGAAGGCAUUACUCAACUUCCACUGCCGAAACCGCUUGCUUCUCACUGGUACACCCAUCCAGAACAACAUGCAAGAACUUUGGGCACUUCUCCAUUUCAUCAUGCCGUCGCUCUUCGACUCACACGACGAAUUCAGCGAAUGGUUCUCCAAGGAUAUUGAGUCUCACGCACAAAGUAAUACCAAGCUCAACGAGGACCAGCUCAAGCGUCUGCACAUGAUUCUCAAGCCUUUCAUGCUUCGUCGUGUCAAGAAGCAUGUGCAGAAGGAGCUCGGUGACAAGAUUGAGAUGGAUAUCUUCUGUGAUCUCACUUACAGACAACGCGCGUAUUACAGUAAUCUUCGAAACCAGAUUAACAUUAUGGAUCUCGUCGAAAAGGCUACCAUGGGCGAUGACCAAGAUUCAGGUACACUAAUGAACUUGGUCAUGCAGUUCCGAAAGGUCUGUAACCAUCCCGAUCUCUUCGAGCGCGCCGAGGUCAAUUCACCAUUUGCUUGCGCCUACUUUGCCGAGACCGCGUCUUUCGUCCGUGAGGGUAGCGAAGUUGCCGUGGGUUAUUCAAGUCGCAACUUGAUUGAAUACGAGCUCCCCCGCCUUAUCUGGAGAAAAGGAGGCCGAAUCAACAAGGCGGGCCCGGAUAGUCAAGUUGCAGGCUGGAAGAACCAGGCAUUGAACCACAUGAUGAAUGUCUGGAGCCCAGACAACAUCCGCGAGAGUUGUGAUGGAUCAAAGGCAUUCUCGUGGCUUAGGUUUGCUGACACUUCUCCUUAUGAGGCUUAUGAGGCCACUCACCAAAGCCUGAUUGUCCGAGCUGCCAAGGAGCUUCAGAAACGCGACAGACUUGGAUACAUGAACGUGGCCUACAGCGACACUGAGGAUCAGAACUACACUCCCGCCCAUGCCCUGUUCCAGAUUCGGGCGCGACAGAACCGAAAGCCUCUAGCGGACAUCACCAGUGAAGGCAUCUUGACCCAGCUGAUGAAUGUCGCUCAAUCAGACUACAACGAGUCUGGUCUUGGCCGUCUGGAACCCGCUGGUAGACCUCGCGCUUCAGCACCUCCAAUCCAGGUGUCUUGCCGCAGUUGGGGCUCUGAGGCCGAACGCAGCGAAGCUCUGUUCAAUGCACCGAUCCGCAAGAUUCUCUAUGGCCCUACCGUCUUUGAGGAGAAGGCUCUCGUGGAGAAGAAGCUUCCCAUGGAGUUAUGGCCCACUCGCGAGAUGCUGCCUAAGCCUGAUCAUGAGAAGAAGGGCUUCACUAAUAUCUCUGUUCCUUCCAUGCGGCGCUUUGUUACCGACAGUGGUAAGCUGGCUAAGCUUGAUGAACUUCUGUUCAAGCUCAAGAGUGAGGGUCAUCGUGUACUCCUGUACUUCCAGAUGACUCGCAUGAUUGACAUGAUGGAAGAGUAUUUGACGUACCGCAACUACAAGUACUGUCGACUGGAUGGUUCUACCAAGCUGGAAGAUCGACGAGACACCGUGCACGACUUCCAGACUCGUCCCGAGAUCUUCAUCUUCCUUCUCUCUACUCGCGCUGGUGGUCUUGGUAUCAAUCUUACAUCCGCCGAUACUGUCAUCUUCUACGACUCCGAUUGGAACCCGACUAUCGAUUCGCAAGCCAUGGAUCGAGCACAUCGUCUGGGCCAGACCAAGCAGGUCACAGUCUAUCGUCUCAUCACGCGCGGCACAAUCGAAGAGCGCAUCCGUAAGAGAGCAAUGCAGAAGGAAGAGGUUCAACGUGUCGUCAUCCAGGGUGGUGGUGCAAGCGUUGAUUUCUCUGGCCGUCGUGCUCCCGAGAACCGCAACCGUGAUAUUGCUAUGUGGCUUGCGGAUGAUGAGCAAGCUGAGAUGAUCGAGCGCCGCGAAAAGGAGCUUCUUGAAUCAGGCGAGCUUGAGAAGCAGCAAAAGAAAAAGGGUGGCAAGCGACGCAAGGCCGAGAAUACGGCCAGUCUGGAUGAGAUGUAUCAUGAAGGCGAGGGUAACUUUGACGAUGGAUCCAAGGGCCUAUCUGGUACAGCAACACCAGCUACCGCAGCCACACCUGGCGACAGCGACAGCAAAGGCAAGAAGGGUAGAAAGGGGACAAAGCGAGCCAAGACGGCGAAGCAAAGAUUAGCGAUUGCUGAUGGUAUGAUGGAGUAAGGGAUGUCAACAGCGUCAACUAGCAACGCUUGUAAUAUCAAACGCCAGACUUAGAGCCGCAUAGGCUCACGGGAAGACGAAGGGAGUUAUUCAAGUUAUUCAUGUAUCUGCUACGUUACUUUUUCUUUUUCUUGUUGUCAUGGCGAAGGAACCGUCAAUAGGGGGAGUUGGAAGUGAAAAUGCCGAUAAAUUAUAGCAGGGCAGCAAAGCAUCGUCUUGGAACAAAGGCAUGUAUUAUUACUAUAGACGGAGGGCAACAAAGUAUAUGUGUCUGCCAUGCGUGUGUGUGUCUCUGUGU